AUGUUGAAGCAAGCAAUUGGUAGAAUUUGCAGCAGAACCAAUGUUUAUUCUUGUGAAGGAAACAGAGUUUUGCCUUGGAUAUAUGCGCCUUCCUGUUUUUUCCACAAUGGACAGGCAAAUAUGGCACCUAGAAGCUUUUUUGGGGUAGAGGACUUCGUCGAUGAUGACAACAGCCGGCCUUAUACAUACCAAAAAGGGAAGAAGUCAAAGAAUCCAAACAAACACAUAUCAUUCAAACAAAGAACAGUUGCAUACAUGGAGCCUUUUACACUUGACGUGUUUAUCUCAAAACGUUUUGUAUCUGCUUCACUCACUCAUAGAGUAACAAGCAAACAGGUUGCAGUUGCAGGUACCAACUCCAAGGACAUUAAAGCUGUUCUUAGAUCUCGAUCAGACAUACCAGCGUGCAUUGCCAUUGGUCGGAUUUUAGCUGAACGAGCAAUGGAAGCUGAUGUUUACACUGCUUCAUAUACUCCAAGGGAACGAGAUAAGUUUGAAGGGAAAAUCAGAGCUGUUGUUCAAUCACUCAUCGAUAAUGGGAUUGAUCUCAAGGUUUAUCUUGAUUGA